GGGCCCCGAGUUUGAGACCCAUUUAGAACAUUCAAGUCGUUCCGGUACGUUCAAGACCAAGAGCCAACCAUUUUUUCAGAGAUUCCUGAAGAACUUGAAGGCAACACUAUAAAUUCGGCGUGAUCACAUGACCAAGGGAUGCGGAAAUACAGAACCGUUGUUUUGCUAAUCAGUAGCUUUGACGCUAGCACAGACAGCCUCGCUGCUUCUCAUAUAUUCUGUUAGCGUUAACAAGUAAACAACACCCAUGGUCAGGAUGACCCAGAAGCACUGCCUGGAGGGCCAGGUGUACUCAGUGCCUCUCAUCCAGCCAGACCUGAGGAGAGAGGAGGCUGUCCAUCAGAUAGCAGAUGCAUUGCUCUACUUGGAGACCAUUUCUACAGAUAUUUUCAGAAGGGUGUCUGACAGUGUAGAGAAGAACCGCCGCCACUUGCAGAGCGUUACUGACCGGAUCAGACUAGCUCAGGCCCGUGUCGACAAGAUCAAAGGCAGUAAGAAGGCCACCAAGGUUUUCUCCAGUGCCAAGUACCCGGCCCCAGAUCGACUUCAGGAUUACUCAUCUAUCUUUACUGAGGCAACAGACCCCUCCUCACAACCUCGCCCACGACACAGGAUACAGAAUAAACUUCGACCAUUUGAUGAGAAGGCCUUGCAGGAGAAGUUGAUGUAUUUCCCAGUAUGUGUGAGCAAGAAAAAGAAGUCGGAGGAUGAGACAGAGGAGGGGUUGGGCAGUCUGCCACGCAACAUCUCAUCUGUCAGUUCCCUGUUGCUCUUUAAUACUACAGAGAAUCUAUAUAAGAAGUAUGUGUUCCUUGAUCCUCUCGCGGGAGCAGUGACAAAAACACACACAACACUAGAAACGGAGAAAGCAGCGAAGCCGUUUGAUGCACCGUUGUCCAUCACCAAGAGAGAGCAGCUGGAGAGACAGACGGCAGAGUCUUAUUUCUAUGUGCCAGAUCUGGGCCAGGUGCCCGAAAUAGAUGUGCCAUCCUACCUGCCUGACCUGCCAGGCAUCGCAGAUGACCUGUCCUACAGCGCUGACCUCGGGCCUGGAUUUGCCCCAUCAGGACCCACACACAACAUCCCUGAUCUGCCUUCCUUCACUGAGGAGAGCAACACACAUGCAUCUGUUCUCCAGCCUGAUGCUCCACCUCCUCCACCACCUCCCCCUCCUCCUCCUCCUCCUGAGCCUGUGUUUACUCCCGCCAUUCCUGCAGGAGCUCCCCCCCCUCCACCUCCUCCACCCCCUCCUCCUAUUGGCAUCGCCACAGACGCCUCUCAAGUGCAAAGCUCAGGCCCUGUGUCUGGUGCUCCCACUAAGGUGGUCGAGCCCUCAGAUGGCCGUGCCAAUCUCCUGGAGUCCAUCCGCAACGCUGGAGGCAUUGGAAAAGCCAAGUUACGCAACGUUAAAGAGCGCAAGAUGGAGAAGAAGAAACAGAAGGAGCAAGAGCAAGCAGUGGGAGCCGCAACAAGUGGUGGAGACUUUAUGUCUGAUCUCUUCAAUAAACUCGCCAUGCGAAGGAAAGGCAUAUCUGGUAAAGGUCCAGUAGCUGGGGAGUCCAGUGAUGCUCCUGCUGGCACCGGCGGUGCAUUUGCCAGGAUGUCAGACGUCAUCCCACCACUUCCUGCCCCACAUGCAACAACAGACGAUGAUGACUGGGAGGCAUAACAUGAUGGACAAUGAACACUUAAAGCACUGAUAAUGAAAGCAUUUGAUAGUCUUGAUUAAGUUUUAGUACAAAGGACUUACAUUUUUCUCUGAUCAUUUAAAAAAAUAUUAGAAAGCGUGAUGUGUUUUCUUGCUAACAGAAACUUUCAUUGUAAAAUGGCCAAUAGUUGGCUUCAUUGUAAGUGUAUUGGUUUGUCUAACCAGCUAAACAAAACAUCCAAUAACAAAACAAUUUAUUGAUAAUUAUAUUCAUUGUAAAACAUAGUUUCAUAAAAUUAAACAAAUAUUCUUAGAACAC